GUGGCAAUUCAAAAUUGAGUAUAUUAAUUAUUUAACUUAUGAAAUAUUUCGUAAUAACUGAACCACCAUACCAGAAAUUUCUUUAGAAUCACAAUAUCCAAAUCUGGAGCAAUCAGAUAGAUAUAAACGACGAAAUAUUUCUUCCCAGAUGUGAUAUUUUUACACCCACGUGCGAUCAUUCUCCAUCUAUAAAUAGGUAUACAAAUUAUUUUGUUGAGUUGGCUGUUCACACGAACCAUUUGAUUUCAUGUUUACGAUUGAUGUUGAUAAAAUUUCCAUUAAGCUUCGUUUGAAGGAUCAACACGAUCGCUCGCAAACUUUUAGUUGAGAAUUUUCAAUUAUGUAUUCGUUUACCUUAUUCAGUAUCAUGAGCACGGUAAGAGAAGGCAUCGAUCCCCUUCAACAUACAAGUAUAUAUUAUAGAAGAGAAGAUAGCGAUGAGAGCGAUGGCGAGAAUGGUAUGGGCAACGUGAAUAGGUUAAUCGUGAGACCUCCAGGACAUAGCGGAAAAGCAAAAAGAGGUCAUUUGUGCUUUGACGCUUCUUUUGAGACUGGUAACUUGGGAAGGGUCGACUUGAUCAACGAAUUCGAAUACGAUUUGUAUAUAAGACCGGAUUCUUGCUCCCCUAGAUUUCGGUUCUGGUUUAAUUUUACUGUUGAUAAUGUUAAGCAAGAUCAGCGUGUCAUCUUCAACAUCGUUAAUAUGCAUAUAGGAAAGAAUCUUUUCACUGCUAGAAUGACUCCUAUGGUUAAAUCUUCAACCAGGAAUAAAUGGCAGAGGAUGCCCAAAGAGUAUGUAUUUUAUCAUAGAUCUUCAACUCAUCGUAAUCACUAUGUAUUGAGUUUUGUAUUUGGAUUCGAUAAAGAAGAUGAAAUCUAUCAAUUUGCAAUGGCUAUACCCUACAGUUAUUCCAGGCUUCAAACAUUUCUCAACGUCUUAGAAACUCGAACUUUACAUCUGAAAAGAAAUUUCAACAGGGAAUCAUUAACCACUUCUUUGCACAAUCGUCGAUUAGAACUGAUCACAGUUGGAAAUGAUAAAGGAGCGCACAACCAGAGCAAAAAAAGAAUAAUUGCUGUGAUGGCUAGAAUAAAUCCUGGUGAUUCUCCAUCUAGUAUGGUGUGUCAAGGGUUACUGGAAAUACUUAUAAGCUCCAAUUCCCUUGCAUCGGUUCUGAGAAAAAACGUUAUUUUCAAAGUCCUCCCGAUGAUGAAUCCUGAUGGAGUUUUCGUUGGAAAUCACAGAAGUAACAUAAUGGGUGUCGAUUUGAGUAGAUCCUGGCAUAUAGCUACUAGUUUUUCCCAUCCAACAUUGUGGGCAGUCCUACAGAUGUUAAGAUCCUUUCAAGAUGAGAGUAAUCAACUGGAUUUCGUGAUUGAUAUACAUACUCAUUCGAGUUUAAAUGGGUGCUUUAUUUAUGGAAAUACAUAUGACGAUUUCUACAGAUAUGAACGACAUGUACUGUUCCCGAAACUUUUCGCUUCAGCAGCUGUCGAUUACGCCAAGGAUAACACUUUAUUCAACUCUGAUCCCAUGGCGAAUGGUACAUCAAGAAGACACUUAUGUUGUAGUCUCGAUAGUAAAGUGAAUACUUAUCUACUAGAAGUAUCAAUUUUUGGAUACAAGACAAAAGAAUAUGAUUAUCUGAUUCCAUAUUCCGAGGAGAGCUAUAAAAGAUGUGGAAUGAACUUAGUUAAAGCUUUUUUAGAAUACUAUCAUUGCAUAGGUAUUAUUCCGACGCAGCUCAUUAAGAAUUUACCAACUAAAAAAAAAAGAACGGGAAAACGCUACAAGAAUAAUGACAAACUGACUCUAGGCAACGUGAAAAGAAGAUCAGCGCAGGUUCAUGUCCAAGAUAUAAGUAUUACAUAUGACAGUGAAAUCACUUUGGAAACCUGUGCUAAUAAAAAGAUAAGGAGUCCAAAAGUAUUAGUGAAUACAAGGAAUAAUAGGAUAAAAGGAGAAUAUACUCCAAGGAAGUUCAAUAAGACGCUCCCAGAGACUAACGAACAUUGUAAUGUCUCACUCACAGAAACUAGCUUAUCUAUAAUAGAUAUAAAUAAAAUGUUAGAUUUUUAGAUUUAUAGUCAACAGUUCUGAAUUACAUAUGUAAUUCUAGUAUAUCUAUACCGAGUUGAAAGAACAAUGGUAUUUAUGUUUCAUUAACCAUCAGUUCUUUACAAAUUUAUUCAAAAUCCAGACGAUUGCAGGUGCAUGAGGAUCGGUGUUUUCUGUGAUCUUUGUGGGAUAGCACACGCAUUACCUCCUCCACUUGCAUCUGCAAAUAAAUUGUGAAAAUAUCAGAAGUAUUAUAAUUUCGAGGGCGAUCGACUCUGUCGAAUUUACUAUCCUAUCCUUCUCUCCUGAAUGAAUUUCAAAAUUAUUGCUUCGAUUCUAGCAAUUGAUUGAAAAAGAAACUUAUGCUACAAAAUGUUAUCUCUAUAUGAAUAGCUAGACGAAAUGAACUGAGGCGGUAUUUCUGUAUAGAAU